CUGGCUUGUGUGAAGAUGCCAAAGAAAUGUGCAUACAACUGAAGAAGAAUAAAAUGCAGAUUGUGGAAGUGCAAGAUAUUGGCAAACAACUGCUGGUGAAAUAUCAAAAACAGAUCAAAACAAGUUUGGAUGAGGCUCAGAAGCAGAACAUGAUCAAAUUCGUGUUCUUGUUCCUGCAUGACUUGGGAGAGGUGGUUUAUUUUGAUUCCAUUUCAAAGUAUGCCAUCUUAGAUGUGGAGUGGUUUAUUCGAGAUGUGAUCAGCCUGUUUAUUGAUCCCCAGAAGAUAAAUAUCUCAUCAAACAGCCAACAACAGAUGGUACAAGACAUACAUGCAGUUGCAGAUAAACUAUUCAAACAUUGUCAAGGAGAACAAGCCAAAGUCGAAUAUAUUUUUCAGUGCCUGUAUGAGAUGGGUGUGCUGAUACCCAUAGACGAUGGCUGGACUGGGACAUGGAAACCUCUACCUAAAGAAGUUGCUUUACCAGCACUUUCAGGCAUCCAGCGGUCAUACGCCCCAUUUGACAGAAAACAAGGGGAGAAGUACAAGUACUGGGGCAGGAGAUUGGAAUGCAAGGAUGUCACGUUUAAACUCUUUCCAUCAGGUAUCUUUGCAAUGAUUCAAGCCAAACUUCAUAAAGAAUGUAAGAAUCCAAGUUUUGAUGUUGGAAGUGGCUGGGUAUCGUUCAAUGAAGAUAGGCUUGGGGUAUAUGUGAGGAUAGGAGGUGAUACAGAUUCAUGGACAGACAGACAAUGGGUGGAAAUCAUGCUUUUGGCACCUCAGGAUGGUAGUAUGAAGGCUGAGGAGCUGAUGAUGAAGAUCAAGAAUUGUGUUUUAGAUGUUUGCUUUGGUGAGCUGGAAAUUGGUGAAGAGAAAGUUUUGAAGACUAGAUAUGUUGAGAGGAGAAUGCACCAACCACAUAGUGAACCAGAAAUUCAAAGAAUUCAACACUUGAACUCACCUGAAGUGGCUGUCCCGCUUUCACAAACUCAAAAAGAAGCAGAGGAGAAAGGCCUCCAGAAGAGAGCUAUUGAUCUCAUUAAAGUCUGUCAGGAUUAUGAAAGGUUUGUGAAGGUGGUGUACGACACUCCCCCGCUGGAUAAUCACAUUCUAGAAGUACCAAGGGACAUUGAGAAUGAGGAUUUUAAAAAAGUGCUCAUUUACAUCCAACAGCGAUUGGACCGCAUGGAAACAAGCUUGGAGUCUAUCAAAGCAACACUGGAUAAGAUAGAGAACAUGGGAAGACAAGUGUUGGCACACAGCUCCAAAAUGUUGCACUCCCUCAGAGUAGAAUGUCCACGCUAUCCAUAUCUGGUAAGUGAGGAUAACAAGUUCAUGAAGUACGUAGAGUUACGCCAUAAGGUGAGAGUCCGGUACCAUUGCGAGUAUGCUGAGGGGAGUCACCCAGUAAACAACACAGAAGGUAUGACAGUGAAGGUGCCAAAAGACUGGCUGAAAAACUGGGCUCCGAUGCUCAUCCCUGGACUCAUAGUGCUCUUCAUGGGGAUCAACGUUGCAGCAAAACUAUUGCAUGUGGAUUCAUUUGUCAACGGUCUUGUGUGGAUUCAUUUGUCAACGGUCUUGUAGAUGUUCCCACACAAGAGAUGCUGAACUUUCUCAGGAGUAACAUGGGUAGGGAGACUUUGGAUAUAGAAACCUGGAAGAAGCUGAACCCGACAAAAGGAGAUAUUGAACAAGUGUUUGAAGUGGUGCGGCAGCAAUGCAAUGCAAGAGAUAACCUGGAGAUAGAGAGUAUGAUGCGCAAGUACUGUGGUCUGCAAUGGCAUACAGGUGCAGGUGCAUGGCUUUGCCAGAGCCACUAUUUAGAACUCAAUUCAACCUACACGUGUAGUUUCAACUGAGCUCUAAACAGGAGACGCAACCCGGGCCCAACGUUUUGCACAAAGCUAAAUUUGUUUGUCUUCCGGAUGCAAGAGGCGUGAAAGCCCCGACAGAGUAACAUUCUCGACGGAGUUAUCUACCAGGCACAACUACUGUCGUAACAACGUCGUUUGCACAGCAGAGUGGAAGUUUGAACAGUUUGUUCCUUUAAUUUGGCUUCUCAUUGGCUUUCUCUGAAGUUUCUGCCAAGGUGGAGAAGAUCAGCUACGAUGACGAAAGCAAAAAAGCCGCCAGGAGUUUAGGACGAGACUUCGUUGAUAUAAAACAGGUCGUUAAGGUUCAGAUUGAGAUUCCUUUAGAAGCUUCCUCCUGCCCCUGCGUGACAUCCAAUGCCUCCGCCAACUGGUGGUUUUCCUGAGCAACACCCAAAUCCCAAUGCACAAGUCCAACCGUCUUGAGCAAUACGAAGCCCCUCAAAAGCAGGCUGCGACUGACCAGGCCCCAAAACGGUGUUCUACGCGUUGAAAGCUCGAAAACUUUCAGGACGUAGACUCGAGGGACUCGUGAUCUGACAUUUCUGUUUCCUCUGGAUCGUGAGCUCCUGGAACUGCUGGCAAGAUGUUAAGUACUGUCGAGUUGUCAACAUGUCCCUUGUACCCAACAUCCCGCAUUCUUGGCCUGCGCAUGCUGGUGGUGCUGCUAGUGUGAGACAUGGUGUAGCAGAAGUUAGAGACAAUAACAAACGAGGAUGGUAAACUACUUUCUCCAGGCGGUGGUAAAUUUGCACGAUAUGUGAGUUUAAGUUGUUCUUUUGGAGUGCCUGCCUCGAGAGGGACUUGAUUGAUCAGAAUCCAAACCUUGGAGAUGAUUUUGA